AUGCUCGAAUUGAGAUCGAUGACUGUGCAGACAUACUUUUACCUGGAAAUGAAGUACAGGUUAGCUAUCGUUCUCACUGUAAUGCUCACCAAGAGUUAUUUUCAGUGGAAUUCGGAAAACUCCAUCUAAGGUCAUUCGCAGGUCUUUAUCACAGGCUUUUGCCAGCUAUUAUGAUUUGA